AUGCUCACCAAAGAGAGCCAUUCAGUUGUUGUGCAGGCGGAAGAGAAUUGGGAGACGGUCCUACAGGUGGAGGAGAGUCGCACAUUGGUUGCGCAGCCCAUCACCACCGGUGCAUCAAUUGUCGCCCAUCACCCAUCAAGAGAACGUGAUUCCGAGGAAACUCAAGCCUUGAACAGGGCGGACCAAUUCUUGAUGUUCUCGAACACUUCUUCGACUGUCGCACGGGGCAAAUUUAUACCUAUGGAUGCAUCUUCCCCUCCUCAAAACAUGGAUUCUGCUACUGUGCAUGCAGGGACAAAAUGCAGGUUAGAGGUCCUUGAACAGCAGCGUGAAGGAUUCAGACACGGGCAUCAAAAACCUUUGUCUAUAUAUAAGCAGCUCACGAAAGGGGCAGAUGGUGCUUGCAGGGAUGAUGCAGGGAAAAUGAAACCAGCUGUUGUUUUGUGGUUAUCAGAAUUUUUUCCAACAAUGUGUUCAUGUUCUCCUCUCAACACAGUUGACAAAAAUGGGCAAGGUUUUGCUCACAGCCUUACGGGAUACCCCCCCGUCCUUGCAAAUAUGACUGGAAUGACGAUCCGGGACCGACACCCAAAGUUUCUCGCCACGGCUAUGAGCUGGCCUAGAUUCCUUUACUCAAAAUACACGGAUGACUCCAAGAACCUAGAGAAAGGAUUUCUGCAAGGUACUCUACUUCUCAAGGCAUACAAAUUCAUAUUCACAUCACCAACAUCUGCCCGAGAUGUCAAGGACAACAAAUGUGGACCCCCCUCUUCCCCUUCACAAACAAGUCAAACAUUUACAUCACAAUUGCACAAGGGGACAUGUAGCUUCACUACUUGA